GGCCGCGGACUGAAUGAAUGAGCCGGAGCGGCGGAGGAGCCGGGCUGCCCCCCGCGGCGGGGGCGGCGGCGGCGGCACUGAGCCCCUCGGGACGCUUCCGCAUGGCCCGCGAGGAGCCCGGGGGGGCGGCGGCGGUAGUGGCCGGGCAACCCGGGGGCGGCCGAAACGACGGCCGGGAGCGGGCGCUCCCGCGCUCGGGGCCCCGGCGAGGGCGGCUGCCCCUGAGCCGCGCUAAACUGCACGGGCUGCGGCACAUGUGCCCCGGGCGCACGGCAGCCGGGGGCUCCUUCCAGCGUCGGGCGCUGUGGGUGCUGGCCUUCUGCACUUCGCUGGGCUUGCUGCUCUCCUGGUCCUCGAACCGCCUGCUCUACUGGCUCAGCUUCCCCUCGCACACGCGGGUGCAUCGCGAGUGGAGCCGCCAGCUGCCCUUCCCGGCCGUCACUCUGUGCAACAACAACCCUCUGCGCUUCCCGCGUCUCUCCAAGGGGGACCUUUACUACGCCGGCCACUGGCUUGGGUUGCUGUUGCCCAACCGCACCGCCCGGCCGCUCGUCAGCGAACUGCUCCGAGGGGACGAGGCGCGCCGCCAGUGGUUCCGCAAGCUGGCCGACUUCCGCCUCUUCCUGCCGCCGCGCCACUUCGAGGGCAUCAGCGCCGCCUUCAUGGACCGCCUGGGUCACCAGCUGGAGGACAUGCUCCUCUCCUGCAAGUACCGGGGCGAGCUCUGCGGGCCCCACAACUUCUCCUCUGUGUUUACAAAAUAUGGGAAAUGUUAUAUGUUUAACUCAGGAGAGGGUGGAAGACCUCCGCUCACUACAGUCAAGGGGGGAACAGGCAAUGGGCUGGAGAUCAUGCUGGACAUACAACAGGAUGAGUACCUACCCAUCUGGGGAGAAACAGAUGAAACGACUUUUGAAGCUGGAGUAAAAGUUCAGAUUCACAGUCAGUCUGAGCCACCCUUUAUCCAGGAGCUAGGCUUUGGUGUGGCACCAGGAUUCCAGACUUUUGUGGCCACACAGGAGCAGAGACUCACGUACCUGCCACCUCCAUGGGGAGAAUGUCGAUCUUCAGAGAUGGGAUUUGACUUCUUUCCUGCUUACAGUAUCACAGCUUGUAGGAUUGACUGUGAAACCCGUUACAUUGUGGAAAACUGUAACUGCCGGAUGGUUCACAUGCCAGGGGAUGCCCCUUUCUGUACCCCAGAGCAGCACAAGGAGUGUGCGGAGCCAGCCUUAGGUUAGUACUCUAAGCUACUUAUUUCUCUUAGAGGAGGGAAGAGGGAGACCUCUAUUUUUUGUAACUAUAGGACAAGGCCAGGAAUGAUGGAUAUGAGCAUCUGAAUUUCCCUUGAGACAAAUCUCAUGGAAACAAGUUAAUGAGAAAGGGGGGAAAGAACAGGAAAUGGAAAGAAGAUGAAGCAUGAGGAGAAAAUUAACGAAUAGAGAGAGAGCCCAGGAUAAAGAAAGAUGAUAGCAGGGGACAUCGGUGGCCAGAUGGGAUUGUUUAUCGGUGCUAGUAUCCUUACAAUCCUAGAGCUCUUUGACUACAUUUAUGAGCUGAUAAAAGAGAAGCUGUUAGAUCUACUUGGGAAAGAGGAAGAGGAAGGGAGCCACGAUGAAAAUGUGAGUACCUGCGACACGAUGCCAAACCACUCUGAAACCAUCAGCCACACUGUGAACGUGCCCCUGCAGACGACUCUGGGGACCCUGGAGGAGAUUGCCUGCUGACACCCCCCUCCCCGAGGACGGGCCCGUCCCCACCCCGAUCAAACAAAACCGAACUCUACGACCCUGAGACCCAGGAAAGGGGACGGCAAGCUCAGGGCUGAACCCAAUGAAAAGAGUCAAUUGCUAUGCAUUAAAAAAAAAAUCACCACACAUACACACAACACAACAAAACAAAACAAAAAAAAAAGUCUGCCAAAACCUAGCAAGAGCCACCUUUGACUUGAUUCCGUCCUCGUUCCCUGUGGGGUGUGACUCUUCUCUGGAAGAGAAUCCAGUUCUGGAACUGUUCGUAAACAAAGCCCGCCAUUUCUCCUACUUUACUGCCAAAUGUAUAAAACACUUGCAUGCCUGCCCUUUUUACUGCGCCGUGUCCAUAUCUGUCUUUAUAAGCCACAUUCCUCUCUUUGCGGUUUCUGGUUUUCACUCCAAGGCCCGAGUGCCAGCAGAAGGAGAUCACAGCCCUGACCUCUUUCCCCGAUGACAAAAACAAAAACAAAAACAAAAACAAAAAAAAAAUCACCUUUACUAACUCUGCCGGCCUGAAUGAGAAUAAAAACCGAGCCACCAAGUGUGAAGCUGAUAGACCCUCGAGUGCAUUUUUGUCCUUGUGUAGUUUUCACUGGUUCUUCUAAGAAAGGGCCAGGCAUUGUGAUGGCCAUGCCCUCCCCCCCCAACCCCAAGCUGGCCCCAUGGGGUCCUUAGCACCAAAGGGGGCCAGCUCCCAGCUGCCCAGGGAGCCUGGGACAGACUUAGUGACAGGAACAUCUCUCCAUGACUACUCUGUCGUAUUUCUAUUGUCAUGUAGCUUGUACGCCCCGGUCCUUUUUCUUUGCAAUGGGGGAGGAGAAGGUUGCUUUGUUUGGGUUUUCCUCUGUUCACUCUUUUUUAAAGCUUUCAUGGGAUUUUGUUUGUUUGGAAUUUUCUUUACCAUUAAUUUAUUCUGUGCUUCAAACCACAAUCAUAUUAAAGCUGGUCUUGUGGAAA